CAUCCUGUGGUGACUGGAAGCAGCGGUUACGUGCGGACAAGCUACUAUGCGACAGGGAACGGUGUCUUACCCCCAUGCAUCCAUACCACCACCGGUAACUUGGCAUCCUGCUUAGUACCCCGCGCCCGAGCUAUCCUCAAGCUCAGGCAAUUUUCACUUAUGUUCACAACACGACUUGUGAACGGCAACACAUCUCCAGUCCCCUGUGGACACCAGGCGCCGGGCUGUGUAGCGUCAAUGACAGAUCCCCUUGCGGGCUUGACCGGAACAGGCGGUGCGAAGCGGCGCUUGCCCGACGUAUCUUCUGCAUAG